AUGUUUUCUAAGUGCUCUUCAUUUUUACAGGUUCUCGUGUGCUGCCUUUUUACCUACGUGGCUUGUGGAGUUGUUGUGGAACACCCACCACAGCCAUACAGCUUUGGCUUUGACAACGUCGACGAGUUCGGCACCCGCAUGACCCGUCAGGAGACUGGAGAUGAGUUCAACAACAAGGUCGGCUCCUACAGCUACGUUGAUGCCUUGGGUGUCACACGCCUCGUGAAGUACGUUGCCGACGCCACUGGAUUCCACCCGACCAUCGAGACUAACGAGCCCGGCACCAAAACCUCGGCCCCAGCCGACGCUGCGUUCUUCUCUUCCGCUAUGGAGGGCCCUCACCCGGUCGUCGUCAAGGCUGUUCACCCAGCCCCACUUGCAGUGCGCGCUGUCCAUGCUGCUUCUGUGGUUCACGCUACCCCCUUCACCUAUGCCCAUCAUUCUCCCCUUAGCUACGCUGUUGCUAAGCACUUCUAG